AUGUGUGACCGCGACUACCACUGCCAGUGCCUGUGUGACCCCGACUACCACUGCCACUAUCUGUGUGGCCCCGACUACCACUGCCACUAUCUGUGUGACCGUGACCACCACUGCCACUAUCUGUGUGGCCCCGACUACCACUGCCACUAUCAGUGUGAACCCGACUACCACUGCCACUAUCUUAGUGACCGUGACUACCACUGCCACUACCUUGACCGUGACUACCCCUGCCACUAUCUGUGUGACCCCGACUACCACUGCCACUAUCUGUUCGACCGCGACUACCACUGCCACUAUCUGUGUGACCCCAACUACCACUGCCACUAUCUGUGUGACCGCGACUACCACUGCCACUAUCUGUGUGACCGCGACUACCACUGCUACUACCUGUAA